UAUGACAGUUUGUAAGAUUCGAUGUAAAAUAUGAAUUUAUUUACUGUAUAAUUUCGCAAGCAUUUUAUUCAUUGUUCAAAGAGAAGCGAAUGCUCGGAAACAUAUUUUUGCAAUUACGAAAAAUUUAGUACCUAGAAAAUGUUUGAGAGUGAUGAUUGGGAUCUCGAUCAGGAUUUCUUAAACGAUGUAGAUGACAAAUCAAUUAGACUUCAUUCUAUAACAGACGAGAAUGAAAGAGAACCGAAAAGACGUAAAGUAGAAAUUUCUAAUGAUUCCAUCCUUUCAUCCAACAAUGAAGUGGAUUUGUGUAAAAAAAAGAAUUUUUACAAUGCCAAAACAUGUGACGAGGAUAAAGUAUCAAGGAAAAAUUUAAUUCUUGGUAUGUUUAACAAAAGUCCAACAAACAAAAUUAUUACUCAAAGUGUGUUAAGUAAUUCAAAAAUGUUGAAUGAAAAUAAUUUAUUAAAACAACAAUCUGAUCAAACACAAAGCUUUGGAAAUAAUCAAUUAUCUAGAAAAGAUUUAGUGCAUGGAAUACUUAAAAAUAAAAAUAUAGAUGAUAAAGUUAUCAAAAAUAAUACAAAAAAUUUGGAAUCACAAAAGAUUGAAACAAAUAUUAAAAUCAAUAAUAACUCAAACGUGCAACAACAAAAAUCUAUAUUGCCAAAUAGUAAAAUAAAAUAUGAAAUUCCUAAAAAGAGUCUCCAAGAAAAGAGCUGUUCAAAUACUGAUAAUAUUAAACAUAUGACAUCAAGAAAACAAUUAUUGUGCAACAUAUUGAAACAAAGAUCUGUAGAUAAAGUAGAAUUUAAAACUAAGUCUGUAAUUAAACCUCCACAAGUACAGUCAAAUAAAAAGAUGACACUAAUUAGAAGGUUUCCUGGUCCAGCUGGUUUACUACCAGAUGAUAUAGAUGCAAAUGUUUCUCAUAUUUCAUACUUAAACAGUUUAGAAGAAAAUGAGAGUACAGUGGAAUCAAGUGACUCUAAUCUACCUGAAUAUUGUUCUCAAAACACAAAAGAUCUAUUCACAGAAGGUGCUUGGCAGUUAAUGUUAGAUGAUUUGCCAGAUAGUUUUUUAAAAGGAUACGAAAUUGCUACUGUAAAACAAAUGGCAAGUGCAAACGGUUACAAUAGCACAAAAAUUGAUUUUUUGGCAGGCAUAGUGGAACGUAUAGAUCAUAGUCAUGACAAUCCCCCUAUUGUUUUAAAAGAUUUCACAGAUAGUAUUCAAGGAAUUGUACAUAGAGACAUACCACUCAAAUAUCCAGGUUUAUUAGAGACAAAUGUUGUCGUAUUACUAUGUGAUGUAGGUUUAUUAAAGACUUCUGAAUCUUUUAUCUCAAAUAAAUAUCAAGUUCUAAUUUCACCCUCAUCCUUGUUAGCUAUUUACUCUAACAAGGGUAAAAUAGAGCGUACACAUUAUAUGGAAUUAGUUUUAAAACAUAUUUCAAAUGGAGAAGAAGAAGAAGAAGAAGAAGAUGAGAUAGAUCAUGUUCUUACAAAAGCUCUAGAAGAAGAAUCGUUAAAAACAUCGUGUAAAGACUUCAAUACAAAAAGCUUAAAUUGUAAUACAAAUGUAAACAAAACAUUUGAGAAUAUGAACAAAUCGAUGAAUUUUGAUUUGGUAGAAGAUAUUUCCUUUACAGUUUCUUCCAAUAAAAUUACAAAUUCUCAGAAUAAGAAUUUUAUAAGUGCAUUAUCUAAAGAUGCUAAAUAUAUAAACAAAAAAAAUAAAGAAUUGGUAACAAACAAAAUAGGAAAUAUGGAAAAUGGUUGUCAACAAAAGUCUGAUACUCUAGUACAAACUUUAAAAAAGUUUUCCCCAAACACAAAUACACGUAAAAUGUUGUCUCAUAAUUCAACAAUUUUGCAAACGCAUGUUGACCAUCCAUCGUCUAUACAAAUGUGUUCAGAAGUAGAAAAAAUGGAAAUGUCUGAAAAAAUGGAUGUUGACAAAAGUAAUGUAAACAUGGUGCAAGAAACAGAAUCAGUAGACAAAAAGGUAUAUACACCAUGCAAUGAUAACCCAGAAAAUUGUGUACAAUUUCUUAAUACUAUGAAACGGAACAAACUUUCAGUUCGAUCCAAAUUAUUGCAGUUUAAAAAUAUAAAUACAUUAACUCAGUCACAAAAUUCUGAAACUAACUCUCCGUCAGAUUUAAAGAAUGACAAAGAAACAUUUCACAACCAUAAGUUGUCUCAUAUUCCAAAUUCUUCAUCUAAUACAUCACUUUAUAAUAAUACUGAAAAUGAUUCCGAUGAUGAAAUGUUGUCUCAGUUAGAUAUGGAUACCAUUUUCAGUAAUUACAAUAAUCAAAGUUAG